AUGCAGGCUUCCAGAGCUGAACCCAAGAAUGAACAUCCUUAUGAUCACCUACAGUUAUUCACUAUCCAGUCUUCACUGUCCGAAGGCCUAGCAGGAAACCAAAUUUACCAUGAAAACGAUGAAAGAAGACGACAACAACCUCCGGAAAAUAUUGCUAUAAGUCGUCAUAUGUUAUCCGCUAUGAUAGCUUUUCUGGCCUUAUCCUUCUUGACAAUGGUUGCUACAUUGAUUUUAACUAUAAGGAUGAUGCCUACAGGAGCAAGUGAAACGAAAGGUAAUUUUUAGAUACUAAUUUGAAGUGAUUUUCUGUAACUCUGGCAGGCUCAAAGUUCGAAUUAAAAUUAGAUUCGAGUUUUACCCCUAUACCCCGAUACUUCGAUUCCGCUAAUUCUUGGUAUGUAGUCUUGAAAUGGUGUCCUAAAACUGAAUUGAUAUUGAUUUAUUCGCUUUGAAUUCUCUUAUCUUUACUUUGAAAGAUAUCGAGAGGAGUCUUCGAGGAACCGCAGUAAUCCCUCUUAAGGCAUUAAUUGAGGCUUUUUCGCUGAAAAUAAUCUAAUCAUUACUGAUACAGCUGGAAAAGACUAUCCUGCACUUUAAAUCUACUAACAUUAGCAUGAAAACAGUUAAGUCUAUGAUACGAACGACUUAAACGCCAAACAGCAUAUUUUAGGUACUUAGAAUGUAUCGCCCAAUGUAAGGUAAUCGGGAUUCUGGAAUCCGGGAAAUUUUUGCGUUUGGAAUCCGAAAUAGGAAUUCAUAGCGGAUGAGGAAGCGUAAUUGGUAAUUGAGAGCUUGCUCGCAGGCUAUGUACGUAAUUGGCAAUAUAAAUAACAAAAUGAAAUGGACAGCCAUCAACGACGACACAGCCCCUUUUUUACGCGUUUCUCUCUUGCCGGUUUAAACUUCCCGCGUGCCUCUAUAACUCGUUUGACCCUCAGGAUAAGCGUGAACCAGUUCUUCCUUGAUUAUAGCGGGGUGUUUACCCUGUAGCAAACCCAAAAAGUGCUUCUUCUUCUACCAUAUAUGUCUCUGGUCAAAUUGGUAUUAGAUGCUUUAAUGUCAACUCAUUAUUUAUCUGUUACGCAGGUAUGGCUGAGGUAAAACAACAGCUGAUCGAGUUAAGACAUGAAAUAAAAGCUUCGAAAGUAAAUCAAACUGGAGGAGAAAGUAGAGUGUUUGAUAAAGGUAGGGUGAAGCCAACUUGCAGAAAGUAAAGAGUAGAAGUUGUAACCAAACUGAUCACUCCUUUUCCGAAAGCAUAUUUAUCUUGAAGAGAAAAUUAAUUUUAUGUAGUAAUAGUCAUUGAUAUAGGUUGCAAGUUUUAUGAAGUUCUGUGAAGGAAUGAGUGUCUUAAUUGCUUGAUAGGAGAACCCGAGGUGGUCCCGUUACGUUUCAUUAGAAAGGGGUUGUAUCAUGAGAAUUCUACCAAUUCUAGCGUAAGAUUACCCUACAAUCAUGGAAAAAAGUCUUGGGACAAGUUUGUUCUUGUAACACUUUUUUUACACACACAAACGCACCCCCCCACCCCCCCCCCCCACACACACACCAAACAAACAGUCGCUCGCGAAUAAACCUAGACUUGCUCAGCCCGUCCCCCUACCUACAAUGUGGGCCAUUCUACACCAACGCAUGUUGGAAAGGGUACGUAGCAUUGCUUGUUCAAACUUCAGUUGUAAAAUAUAUACACUAGAAAUACGUGUCUCCUAAACCCUCGCGAAACUCAGUGUGCCACUUAAGUUAAACUUGCUUGACGGGGUUGGAGAUAUUUAUUGAGCCUACUCUUGUUUCUGCAUCGCGGUGCGAAGCUCGCACGUUCCACGCGCGAGUUAGGAACCUCGGCUACGCGAGGGCCUUCCAUUCUCUCUCCGCGAGGAGUAAUUCAUGGCUUAACCUUGUCGUCAUAAGGAUUUUUGGAUACAAUUGUAGAAUUAAACUACUUACACUCGUUGAUGCAAAAAUGGCCCCUCCUGCCUCUAAACAUAAGCGUGCGGGAAGCGCAAGAAAUUGAAUUUGACUUAAUUCUGACUGUCCUGAAUGGUGCAUUAGUUGCAGCGUUAUUGGUCGUCUGUCGGUUAUUGGCUGUGAGGACUCUAAUUUCAAUCCAUCUUUUGUCACAGUUACAACGGUCGUUUUAUUGUUAUUCAAAUUGUCAGUUGUCCAUUCACUCUACUGAAGCCAGUCUUGCUUGAGUCCGUUGAUAUAAGUCGUUUUGAAGGUGCCGGUAACUUCUGACUACGAUUCAGCCGCGUUUGUUCCCAGUUGGUAAAUCAGCUUUCUAAAGUGAAUCGUUGAUAGCAGUCUGAGUAAUACGUAAGGCAGGUCGUAGGGUCAGUGUCGAUUUGGUGGUUCGUCCGUAACUGGUGUUUAACAAUAUCAUCAUAUCCAUAAACAUCACGGCUUAACUGACAGAUGAACAACAACAUCACGACUUAAUUGACAAGCCAGAUCGAUAAACUACGUCUUUAACUAGAAAUAUGUGUAUCGCAAAACUUCGAGAGGCUCAGGCUCAUAAAAUGACAGGGAUGGGAGGGCGGGAGAGAAUUGGUGAAAUGUGAGGCUGAGGAGGGCGGGAUUCAACACUGGCUCUAAUAUGACUAAUAUUGGAACACUGUUGGAAGGUGAGAUGUACUUAAUCUCCUUUUGGUUGGACUAAAUUUGGACCCAGUUCUUUAACUAAAAGGAUCUUCUGGGAUUGAAAUGGGAUUGCUGUUGUCGAGGAAAGGUAGCCAAUGUUGCAUUAGUACCGUGUUCACCCCAUUUGACCCUUCUACAUGUGUAAUUAUAGUCAAAAGGAAAUGGGUGUGAUAGUGAAUAACUGCAAGCUAAUAUGCAGUUGCAUUUGCUUAAUAUUUGGGUUAGAUGCCAUCUCUAAUAAUAAGUGUAAUUAUAAUUCACUAUUUGUGAAGUCUGUCAGUAGUAGUGACUGGAUGAAAUGGUGGGAGAUUAUGGUGCGGUGAAAACAACAAGUAAAUGCUGGUAAUUGAAGGAAAAAAUAUAUUAUAUUGUUAAGUGAACUACAGCAAUGAGGGUGUUCGCACUUGUUUUAGUUCAUAAUCACACUUGACAACUAAUGUUUCUAAGUAACGGUAAUUAAGGUGCAAACAUAAUCACUGAAAUAGAAAUUACAUGUAGCAAUGUCUUAAGGGUGCAGUUCAUGAGAAUUAUGAAAGUGAUCAUGACUAUUAAACGCAAGAGUGAAUUAUAAAAUGUCCACGUACAAGUCAUGUUGAAGGUAGUCAGUUUUUCAAUUCUCAACAUGCAUGAGCUUGUUGAGACAUGGCUGCCAGAAGCAUAGUUUUUGAAAUUCCUAGACUGUUCAUGACAGCCAAAUGUACACUUUCCUGACCAAAUGAAUUGACAAUUUGUGCAGACAAUGGCUUCUAAACUCCGGUCAAAACCUCGUGUACUGGACACAAAUGACGUAAGACAAAAGACUUCUUUGUUGUCUGUUCAGGGAAAAAAUCUGCUUGGUACUGUUUCAUGGUAUUGGUUCUUUUGUUUUACGUCAUCUGUGUCGGGUACACGAAGUAAAUGACCAAACUCCCAUCACAGCCGGCCAUCCUCUCCACCCAUUUAUUACAUGAAUUUAUGUGCAGAAUGGAUAGAUCUUAUAGGAAACCCUAUAUCUGCUUGUCGUUUAAUUUCUUGAAACAAUAUUCUGCCAAUGGAACAUGUUUAACUUCUGUCAGUAUGUCUCCUCCCUCUGACUUCUUUGAAAGAGUUAAAUUUUCCCUGACUCAUAUUGUCAUACAUGUCGCACACUAAUAUUCUGAGGAGAUCCGAAAUACACAUGUUAUUUUGAUUUCUCAAUCUCACAAGCUCAUUUAAGUUUUGCACCCCCUUAUGACUACCACUCACUACUCACCCCACCCCCCCCCCCCCCCGAACGCACUCCCCAAAUUGGCAAUUAUUGCUUUUUUUGCUCUUCUCGUUGCCGUUGCCCAAGCUCCCUAUUGUUGUGAUCUGGUAAUUUUGCUACCACGGUAACGUGACGUCACACGUCUCCUCUCUAUUUUAAAUAAUUUUAAGGUCAUCUUUCCUGAACAGCUAAUAAGAACUGUGCUGAGCUAUACAAAGCUGGCAAAACAAUCAGCGGUGUGUACACAAUCGACCCUGAUGGUGAAGGUGCCUUUAAUGUGUUCUGUGAUCAAAAAACAUCCGGAGGAGGGUGGACAGUGUUCCAGAAGAGACUGAACGGCUCGGUUUCUUUUGACCGUUACUGGGAUGACUACAAAAAUGGGUUUGGUGACCUGAAUGGUGAGUUCUGGCUUGGACUGGACAAGAUUUACCGCCUGACGGAAAAGAAACGCGACCGCCUUCGAGUUGAUCUGGAGGACUUUACAUUGAGCACUGCUUACGCUGUAUAUAACAUGUUUGCAGUCAAAAACGAAACGACUAAAUACAAGCUCAGUCUAGGAACGUACUCAGGUAUCGUGCUUGGAAUGUAUUUAAUUUUGAUGUAUAAUAUUUUGUCUUCGUGUCUUAAUUAUUCGUUCAAAGCUUGUUUGUUAGCGGUUUCUUGACUUCUUGCAAACUUGAAAAUCUAGGAAGUUUCAAAAGGAGCUCAGUUACUUUUCCAAACGUAGCCCCCCUCUUGUACUUCAAUACUAGAUUAUAUUCAGGUAUUCUACUCUAAACAUUCCUUGUAAAAUGUCCUUGUAUCACUUCUAGGAACUGCUGGUGACUCAUUACGGGUGCAUCGUGGCUAUCCGUUUUCCACUAGAGACCGAGAUCAUGAUACUUCCAAAUCCAACUGCGCUUUGUAUUACCAAGGAGCCUGGUGGUACAGUAAGUGCCAUGAUUCAAACCUGAAUGGUUUGUAUUACAACGGUUCACAUUCAUAUAAAGGUCAAGGUAUCAUCUGGUAUACAUGGAAAGGACUUCAGUACUCUGUCAAGAGAGCUGAGAUGAAAAUCAGACCGACCGACUUUUAG